AUGACAAUCAAGCUUGUCUAUGUGAUCGAUCGCCGUCCUGACGUUCCGGAGGCGGCAUUUUAUGACUACUGGUUGAACCAACACGGUCCGCUAGUACGCAGCCAUGCGAAGGCUCUUCGAGCAAAGAAAUAUGUCCAGAGCCAUCUGAUCGACACACCUGCAAACGAGGCAUUGCGCAGCCCUCGUGGUAUGCUACCGCCGCUCGUAGGGAUCACGGAAGUGUGGUGGGAUAGCCUGGACGAUUUCCAAGCAGCGUAUGCGACACCUGAAGGCCAGGCAGCGGGCGCCGUGCUUUCGGCCGAUGAGGAGACGUUCAUCAAUAUCAAGACAUCGCAAGUCUUUCUAACCCAGGAGCAUGUGAUUUUCGACUACACUGACAAGAAGCCGCUAGGCGAUCAGUCGAUCAAGUGCACCUAUCUGCUGACGAAACGCGACGACCUCACCCAGGAAGCGUGCCACGAGACCUGGCUGAAGGACCAUGGACCGUUCGUGCGGGGCUUCGCGGAUGUUUCGAACAUGGCCAAGUACGUUCAGAGCCACACGAUUGCGCCGGAGAUCAAUGCUGGCAUUGUGGCGACGCGCGGGUUUUCGGCGCCGCUUGAUGGGAUCACCGAAGUAUGGGUCGCCAACCCAGCUGCGAGCCAGGACAACGAUGAGGUGCGCAAGGCCGCCGGGGCGAUGGUCGAGGAUGAAAGGCGGUUCGUAGAAAUGGGCAACUCGCGCUGCUUCAUGACGAAGGAACAUGUGAUUUUUGAUUUCACAGAAGUGAAGCAAGGCAAAGGGCAACUUUGA